CAGAGGUUAGAGGUCGCAAGGAAUGUCCCCGCGCCCGCAUGCCAGAGGAGUCCGCUGCUUUCGCGGCCCUUCGGGGCGUGGGAGCGGUGCUGAGUACUGCGGUUCUCAGGAAUUACACCCGCUCCUCGGACGCCAUCCCACUGCUUUUCCAAGAUACCCGAGGCCGUCGGAAAAACACGUAGAGGCGGACCCUUUCCGCUGCGGACGCACUUCCCUUCCCCGGCAGGAAGGGAGGUGGAGUGGUGAAGGUGGACGAUCCACGCAUGCGCCCUUCACCGGCGGCCCCUGGAGUGGAGUUGCCGGAUUCGCCUCCCCGCCCGCAGUGCGCCUGCGCGGUCGCCGAGUCCCUCCACCUCCGUUUCCCCUCCCCCUGUCCCCCGCGGGGGCUCUGAGUCCGGCGGGACCAUGUUCACCAGCACCGGCUCCAGUGGGCUUUACAAGGCACCUCUGUCCAAGAGCCUUCUACUGGUCCCCAGCGCCCUGUCGCUUUUGCUGGCCCUCCUCCUGCCGCAUUGUCAGAAGUUCUUUGUGUACGACCUCGAAGCAGUGAAGGAAGACUUCCAGAUCUGGAGGUUGAUAUGUGGAAGAAUAAUUUGCCUUGAUUUGAAAGAUACUUUCUGCAGUAGUCUGCUUAUUUAUAAUUUUAGAAUAUUUGAAAGAAGAUAUGGAAGCAGAAAAUUUGCAUCCUUUUUACUGGGUUCCUGGGUUUUGUCAGCCGUGGGUGACUUCAUCCUUGUUGAAGCUGUGUGGUAUUCAUUUGGUAUCACUGCAGCCAGGAAUUUGCCUUCUGGAUUCCUGGCGCCUGUGUUUGCUCUGUUUGUACCAUUUUACUGCUCCAUCCCGAGAGUCCAAGUGGCACGUAUCCUGGGCCCGUUGUCCAUCACAAACAAGACACUGAUUUAUAUAUUGGGACUACAGCUUUUCACCUCUGGUUCCUACAUCUGGAUUGUAGCCAUAAGUGGACUUAUUUCGGGUAUCUGCUACAGCAGUGACGUGUUCCAAGUUCGUCAGGUUCUCUACGUCCCCGGCUGGCUGGCGAAGUUCUGUUCCUGGGCCCUUGAGCCCAUCUUCUCAUCAUCAGAACCCACCACUGAAGCCAGAAUCGGGAUGGGAGCCACAGUGGACAUCCAGAGACAGCAAAGGAUGGAGCUGCUUGAUCGGCAGCUGAUGCUGUCGCAGUUUGCACAAGUGAGGCGACAGAGGCAGCAGCAGGGAGGAAUGAUCAACUGGAACCGUCUUUUCCCUCCUUUACGUCAGCGACGGAACGUAAACUAUCAGGAUGGUCGGCGGUCUGAACAACCAGUGUCCCCUCCUCUAGAGGUUUCAGAGGAACAGGUUGCCCGGCUCAUGGAGAUGGGGUUUUCCAGAGGUGACGCUUUGGAAGCCCUGAGAGCUUCAAAUAAUGACCUUAACGUGGCCACCAACUUCCUGCUGCAGCACUGACGGUCCCAGCGGACAGCACAGGGACUGGUCAAGCUGCUGACCACAGGGGGCGUUGUCCCUGCUCCCGGAUCAGCCCAAGGACCCAGCACUCUCUGGCGCACUGUUCUCGCUGUCCUCUUGGGCAAAGGGUACUCCCCGCUGCUCUCCCUUAAUUCCAAGAUCAUUACCAUUAAGUAUCAAAAAAUAAGUUUGCCAUUAAAGUAGCAUGUAUUUUCUAUCUUUAUUUUUUUAUGGGGUAUUUUCCUUGGUUUGGAGAAUCAUCACUUUGUUCCUAAUGUGUUUAAAAUGCAUUAAAGUGCAGAUUUCUGCAGGCAGUUGAAUAGCACUCCAGAUGGGAAACUACUGCUAUUGUAAUAUUCCUUUUACCAUAAUGCAUCUUCCUACAUUAUAUCUGAUCAUAAGUGUCAGAAAGGGGAAAGGGGAAUGUUAUUCAGAAAGGACCUGUCAAACUUUCUUCCUGAUGGACUUUUUUCAUUGCUUUUUUUUUUU